GAAUUCGAGAAUCCAUCUUUCUUUUAGGCGUGGCGUCGGUCUACAACGGACGUGGUGUGCUAUUCAUUCAAUUUGAUUCUUUCACUUUAAAUUUUCUCACAACGCUAAGAGCCUAAAAGUUAGUGCAUUUUCGGUUUGUUAGUUUUAACUUUUUAAAGAUUAACGCGGUAGAAAUGAGGCCGCAACAGAAUGGCGAUGAUGGGUUUGAUGAGCCCGAGGUCCAUCGUAAAAUUUUUAUCGGUGGAUUGAAUUAUCGUACAUCCGAUGAAUCUCUUAAAGCACAUUUUGAAAAAUGGGGCGAAAUUGUGGAUGUUGUUGUAAUGAAAGAUCCCAAAACAAAAAGAUCGCGGGGUUUCGGCUUCAUUACCUAUUCGAAGGCGCACAUGGUAGAUGACGCUCAAAAUAAUAGACCGCAUCGUAUCGAUGGCCGUAUUGUUGAAACUAAACGAGCGGUAGCCAGACAAGAUAUUAAAAACCCUGAAGCUGGAGCUACAGUUAAGAAAUUAUUUAUUGGUGGCAUUAAAGAUGACCAUGAUGAAGAACAACUGAGAGAGUACUUCUCGAACUAUGGAAAUGUUCAAAAUGUUAGCAUUGUUACUGAUAAAGGAACUGGAAAGAAGCGUGGCUUCGGAUUCGUUGAAUUCGAUGAUUAUGACCCAGUUGACAAAAUUUGCCUAAACGCACCUCAUAAAAUUAAUGGCAAACAAUUGGAUGUUAAAAAAGCUUUACCUAAAGAUGGAUCAGACCAAAGAGGAGGUAGACAAGGCCCAGGAAGGAAUGAUAAUUGGGGCAAUGGUGGAGGUUAUGGAAACAAUCAGGGUGGAUGGAAUAAUUCCAAUCCUUGGGAUAACAAUCAAGGUGGUUGGGGUGGUAAUCAAGGAGGUGGAUAUGGGGGUGGAAACCAAAGAGGAGGUGGAGGUGGAGGAGGCUGGGGCGGUGGUAACCAAGACUUUGGCAGUUAUAAUCAACAGGGCUAUAGUGGGGGCCCUACUCGUAAUCAGCAAUAUAGCAACAACCGCUCAGCUCCUUACAAUGUUAACCAAGGAGGCGGCGGUGGUGGUGGUGGCGGUGGCUAUGGCGGUGGUAACUAUGGCGGUGGUCAGGGAAGAGGAGGCAGAUUCUAAAACACGUUUCGUGCUAAGUACACUAGUAGUGCAGAGUAUAUCGUGCUAGUGUAGGCAGUACGCUCCGGAGCACUAGUUACUCAACUCUGGUCUACAUGCGAGACCACCUAGGAGAAGCCGUCAGGAUACCCAUAGAUAUAAUAAUAAUUAUUAUUAUUGGACCUCUUCUCUUUAUGAUGUCUCUUAGAAAGUAUAAAUAGAAUAUUUUUAAUAUGUACUGAUAUGUAAGUUGAUCUAUUUAUUGUAGUACUUUAGGUACUUACGUGACAUACUUGUAAGGAUAAUUAUUAUAGUUUGUGGACUCGAAAGUAGUUACUUUUAUACGGAUAUGUAAGUACAAUAUAGGAUAAUCUUGUAAAAGCAUCUGAAUCUAGAAAGCUAGGAAAUUCAGAAAUAAGGUGACAUUAGAUUUUUAAUAGAUCAUGACUUUUUAUUUUGCUGACCUUUAUUCAGUAUUAAGUUUCAAAUAGUUGUGAAACAAUAGGUGUAUAGUGGAUGUUUAGGUUAAUUAUUGUAAUAAAAUUCUGAUACAAAACCA